GGAGGCUGAGCCGAGCCACGCUAGGUCGGCCAGAUCCUUUGGGGCCGAGGCUGCUUUGCAGGUGCGCUCUCCGCCAUGGCCGAGGCAGGCCGCCCCCCGCAGGCCCGUGCGCUCCUGCAGCAGUGCCUGCAUGCCAAGCUACAAGUCCGUCCUGCCCAGGGCGACGCCGAGGCGCAAUGGGUGGAGGUUUCAAGAGCAUUAGUGAUCUAUGUCUGCUUCUUUAAAGGUGCUGAAGAAGACCUUCUGCCUAAAAUGGUUAGCACACUUUUGAAUGUGAAAUUAAGUGAGACAGAAAAUGGCAAGCACGUCUCUAUAUUGGAUCUACCUGGGAAUGUUCUCAUUAUCCCUCAAGCCACCCUUGGAGGAAAAGUGAAAGGAAAAAGCAUGCAGUACCACACCAAUUCUGGAAAAGAAGAAGGAUUAGUGCUUUAUUCUCAGUUUGUGACUCUGUGUGAAAAAGAGCUUGCUGCUAAUAGUAAAUGUGCUGAAGCCGGCAUGGUGGUGAAGCAUGGAACUUAUGGGAACAGACAAGUAUUAAAGCUUGAUACCAAUGGACCUUACACACACCUGAUUGAAUUUUGAAAAAGCCAUUUCAGUUUGUACAACAUUAUUCUAAGGUGAAAUGAUUGGAACUAGAAUUAUUAGAAGAUUUUUGUUUUCUUAAGAUCUAUCAUUAAAAAGGUUUUACUACUUUUUGAAUUUCCUUAUAGUUUCAAGUCUUCUGCUAGCUUAGGCAACUUUAUCUUUAAUUCAUUCUACCAUUCAUUUAAAAAUGUUUGUGUUGGUUGCACAGUAAUAUUUUGAAGAAAAAGUUGCAUUAUUUCCAUCCAACUUAAAAAGAAUUAUUUAAAAUUCAAAUUAAUAGGAUUUUGUCCAACUAAAUACUUUGAAAUGCUUUUAACUAUCUUUAAUUAUCAAAACUAGCUUUAACUAUCAAAAAGUAGUCUUUUGGGACAGCUAGGUGGUGCAGUGGAUUGAGGACCAGCCCUGAAGUCAGGAGGACAUGAGUUCAAAUCUGACCUCAGACACUUAACAUUUCCUAGUUGUGUGACCCUGGGCAAGUGACUUAACCCCAAUUGCUUCAGCCAAAAAAAAAAAAAAAAAAGUCUUUUUCUAAAAUAUUUCCAUGAGAUAUCAUAUAUUAUUAUGAUAUGAUUCAUAGAGAUUGUCUUGGGGCAGCUAUGUGACUCAGUGACCAGAGUAUCGGCCUUGAAAGACCUGAAUUCAAAUAUGACCGUAGAUACUUUGUAUGACCCUGGGAAAGUCACCUAAUUCUAUUUGCCUUAGUUACCUCAUCUGUAAAAUGAGCUGGAGAAGGAAAUGGUAAACUACUCCAUUACCUCUGCCAAGAAGACCUAUCACCAAGAAUCAGAUGUGACUAAAAUGACUAAACAGGUCAUCUCAUCAUUGUAUUACAUGACUCCUGUUCCUGUGUCAUUCUUGUCUAUGUGUUCUAUAAAUCUCUCUCACAGGUCAUCUACCAGAUAUACAGGAGAUUUUGUCUACUAGUUUUGUUAAUUAACCCACAAAGGUACUUCAGCUUUUCCUAUUUUCUCCACUCUUGCUAGGUAACACAUAUACAUUUUUUCAGUCAGAUGUAUCUUCAUUUGUGAUAAGUACCAUAAUACAUUGGAAAAAAUAAUAAAUUUGGAGUUACAAAACCAGACUUCAAAAUCCAACUCUAAUAUGAUGAUCAAUUCUGAUGGAUGGGGCCCUUUUCAACAAGGAGAUGGUCCAGGCCAGUUCUAAUGAUCUUGUGAUAAAGAGAGACAUCUACACCCAGAAGGUGUAGAAACUUGAGUGUGGAUCACAAGGCAGCAUUUUCACUCUUUUUGUUGUUUGCUUGCAUUUUAUUUUCUUUAUCAUUUUUUUUUCCUUUUUUGUGAUGACUGCGUAUUUUAAAAUCAGCCAGAGUCAGGAAUUCAGGUUAAGGGAAAAUCUUCAAUCUUUAUUCUUUGUGGAGGUGAAGGGGGAUGAUGAUAGCAAUGAGAACAGCCGCAACAGGAACCCAACCAGCAGUCUCUCCGCCUCUCGUUCUGCACCUCUUGCCUCCACCCACUAAAAUCAUCCCUACAUAAUUUCCUAUACAACAAAUCAGGACUUGCACAAAGAGUGGGAGGGGGGUCAUUCUUUCUCCAAGCAUAUAUAUUAAUAGAGUAUGGUCCAAUUACUAUUUAGCCUCACAUACUUGGGACCUCAGUGCAUCAACUCGAGCUUCAGCCCAUUUGAUUUGAUUUUUCUUGUGCAGCAAGACAGUAUAAAUAUGUAUACAUAUAUUGGAUUUAACAUAUUUGUACUAUAUUUAACAUAUAUUGGAUUACUUGUCAUCUAGGGGAGGGAGCAGGGUUGAGGGAAUGGGGGAAAAUUGGAACACAAGAUUUUGCAAGGGUUAAUGUUGAAAAGUUAUCCAUGCAUAUGUUUUGAAAAUUAAAAAGCUUUAAUUAAAGAAAAAGAUUAAAAACCCAA